AUGUCUAUCGGCGUGGCAAUCAUUGGCAGUGGUCUCUUUGCGAAAGAGCAGCAUCUACCCGCCGUCCAAGCUGCCUCAAACUUCCAUCUCAAGGCUAUCUAUUCUCGGACCUUGAAGUCAGCCCAGGACCUCGCUAGCGGCACAUCUGAAGUUGAUCUCUACUCGGAAGACUCAGGCUCCAGCAAGUCCUACACCGAUCUACUGGCUCGUUCAGAUAUCGGCGCUGUGAUUAUUGCCCUUCCCAUCCUGGUUCAGCCGGAAUUCAUUCGGAAAUCAUUGCUCGCCGGUAAGCAUGUCUUGUCCGAGAAGCCUAUCGCUAAGGAUAUCGCCACUGCCCAAGAACUUUUGAACUGGUACAAGAGUAAUAUCGACACCAGUAAGGUCUUCUGGGCCGUCGCCGAGAACUUCCGUUAUAUCACAAAGUUCCUCUUCGCGGCAGAGCAAGUUCAAAAACUGGGCAAGGUCCAGAAUUUCCGCGUCAACGUUCACAGCCUGAUGGAUAAAGAGAACAAGUACUUCCACACCGCCUGGCGCAAGACCCCUGAAUACCAGGGUGGAUUCCUUUUGGACGGUGGUGUGCACAUGACUGCUGCGCUGCGCCUGAUUCUAGGCCCCACGGAGCGUCUUAGCAUUCUGUCGGCGCAGUCGCAGCUGCAAAAACCAUUCCUGCCACCCGUUGAUACAGUGGAUGCCGUCGCGAAGACUAAAUCUGGUGCUACGGGCGUUAUCUCUUUGUCGUGGGGAUCGUCAUUUAAUGACCAGAUUUUCGAGUUUGCUUGCGAGAAAGGUGUCGUCACCUUGAACUUCGAUGAUGUGACAGUUAAUGGCGAGAAGCACCAUGUGGAGUUUGAUGGCAGGGGCGUUGUGCCAGAGGUUGCGGCGUUUGCAAACUCAAUUGUGAAUGGAAAACCUGACAGCAGACAGUCUCCUGAGGAAGCAUUGGCGGAUCUUGAGAUCUUGGAGCAGAUGUUGCGGAGUGGCGAGAAAGAUGGCGAGAGGAUGGUCGCCGCUAAGCAGCACAUCCCUAUCGUGAAGAAGCGCACGAACCGCUUCAACCGUCACCAGUCUGACCGGUUCAUGCGCGUUGGCGCCUCGUGGCGCAAGCCCAAGGGUAUUGAUAACUGCGUCCGUCGCCGUUUCAAGGGCCAGAUGGCCAUGCCCUCCAUCGGUUUCGGUUCCAACAAGAAGACCCGCCACAUGAUGCCCUCCGGCCACAAGGCUUUCCUCGUCCACAACACCAAGGACGUUGAGCUCCUCCUCAUGCACAACCGCACCUUCGCUGCUGAGAUCGGCCACGCCGUUUCUUCCCGCAAGCGUGUCGAGAUUAUUGAGAAGGCCAAGGCUCUCGGUGUUAAGGUCACUAACCCCAAGGGCCGUGUCACCACCGAGGCAUAAAUGGAAUAAACCCAGUUUGUUUCCUUUUCAUUGGGAUUGGUGCACGAGGUCAGGGUUUUUGUAUGGCGAUACUACCUCUCUGGCGAUAACGAAAUUUAAGGAUUGUGCAUGGCAUGUCCGGCUCGGGCCUUGUCAUAGUGCCGGGCGCUGUGAAGCGAGAGAAUUGUUCUCUGAAAUGACAACAAAAAUUGCAAAAAUCCUUUUUGGUUCCAAGAUA